AUGUUAGCAGAAAUUUGUACCUUUAGUUUAUAUACGAUAUCCUUUUUAAGCCUAAUAUUCAUAGACUAUCUUCUUGGGAAUGGCUUUGUGGAUGCUUUCCAAAAAAUAAUAUGUAGAAUUAUUUGUUUUGUUCGUAAAUCUUUAAGGGAAGAUGAAGAGUUACGAGUUACGGAGGAAGUGAACCUGCCAGUACUGGUUGUUGAGAUUGUGGUCCUCGGAUUGACUAUAUCGUUCCUAAAUAGAUAUAAAAAGUUUCGUGGAAAAGAUAGGAUCGAUGCUCUCCUGCAACAGAGUAGGGAGGCGUUGCAGCAAACCAACGAGUUCCUUGAGAAAUGGCGUCUAAGACGGAUAAAUUGGCAGGUGUCAAAUGAAGAUUCGUAUUUGGACGAGGAGCCGCAAGAGAUCAAGCCGCUGAAACUUGAAUUGCCGAUAUUACAUCUCGCAAUUAUAGACGCUCUUGGUACAUCAAGAAAUCAAUUAGAAAGGGGGGACGGAGCGGACACUAUAAAGUUUACAGAUUCAACUAUCUUAUCAAUGACGUCACUUCUAGAUGAUUUACAAUCAAUACCGGAAGUACCUAGCGAAGAGAAAUUCGAAGAA